AUGGGAAAGUCUGUUUUGUGGUUGGCUUCUCUCCUCCUCCUGGUGGUGGCGGCAAGUGGUGUAGAAGAGCAAUUAUCUGAGCCCGGCGGGCUUAAACCAGUAGACAUAAGUGACCCAAAAUACCAAAGCCUGGCGAAAAUUACAGUGGAGAUACACAAUUGGCAAGUAGGGUCUAAUCUGCAGUUCCUGGAACUGGUGUGUGGAUGGUCCAGAAUUGUUCGAGGAAUCAACUAUCAGUUUUGCUUGAGGCUCAUUGAUAAGGACAAUAAUAAUGCAGUGUUUCACUAUAAAAUUGACGUGACGCUAGACCCGAGCGCGAACAUCUUCAUCAAUGACUUCCACCUCGUCCCCAUCGACCUCGAGUGUUGCUUUGCCCGAGCAAAUGGAAAAGCAAAAGCAAAAGCUUAG